UAUGUAUAUACCUUCGCGACAGGUAAAUAUAAGUUGUAUUCGAUAUGUACAAUGUGAAAUCGUUCCACGCGCACAAGGAGACUCACUGAAAAAUCAUUAAAGGUAGUCCCACACAUAAAACGUAAGGUCGAUGGCACACUAUGGAGUAAGAGGAGAGUACGUUCGCAUUGCUUACCUGCACAGUGAAUGUGUCAUUGUUUAAUAAACAUGGCGGACACCUUUUGGAUUAACAGAUAUUUUGGACUGUUAUUGCUGUUUACCAACCAGAUACUUCAAGCUAAAGCAGCUUGUACGUUUCCGACCGAUUUCCAAAACACAUGGACGACAAAUUCAAGAGGAACAUGGACAGUAAACAGUUCCUAUAUCAGCAACUUCCAGACAACAAUGACAACUUCCGGUAACACGCUUUACACCAUGAGUUGUCAGGAAGUAUACAGUGGUUAUUAUGUACUGAAGUCAGAAGAAUUGUUUAACACCACGGACAACGUCUACACAUGUCUGUACCUCGGACAGCAGUCUUCUACCAAAUACAUUUAUUCCCUCCUCACAAACCUACAGACUGUUGCCACGAGUGUGACAGAGCGUGUUAUCACUUCCGCUACAUCAUUGACAGGUAGCGCCGUCUGUGAUGACACUGAGUAUACGACAUCCGGGGAGAGAACCUACGUUGCUUUAUUAUCAGGUUCGGAAUCCCAGGGUAAGACUUCGUGCCCUGACGUACUACAGAGUACCUUCACGUACAUAGGCACGACCUGUAACAGCACGUCCCUGGACAUCUGUACCGAUACCGGUACCCUCACAUUCAACACGGACCUGUGUUCUCAGUCCAUGAUGUACUCACAGAACGGGACCUUGUAUUGUGUAAACUCCGUGUUGACAAGUGGGUACUACUACGUCACGUUGUACAAUAAUGACCCUACGACCCCUGAUGGCGUCACAUACUUCCAGUUCUCAUGUUUAGUGCUGUUCAGUACCGGUACGUAUGUCCUGAUGAGCGUCAGUCCUAUGGAAUGUCAGUCCGGACAGAACCCUCUGAUAGUGCCCUCUGGUGGUUACAUCACGUCAUUACAGAACGACCAAUCCUCAAGCUGUUACACGGCACCUACUGAAGAGGAGAGUAUAAAGACAACACUGAUCAUUGCGGCUGUGGUGCUGGGCGUGGUUUGUUGUAUCCUCAUUGCCGUCGUUAUCAUUUGUAUAUACAAAUACAACAAAAUCGGAAAGAGGAGGAAGAGAUCUGGAAGGCUCAUUCAUUGAAAAUAUCCCAUUUUAAAAAUGGAUACCACAUCUGUUUACUGUUUAACAUACACUUCUGACAUUUUUGUUUACAUUUCUUGAUCGUAGGAACAGCAAACGAACAAGACUUUUGAUCAUUAACAUUUAAUUUACAAUUCUACACGGUCAAUAGAUAGUUUGAUUGAUAGCUGGAACGGAUGGAGAUUUCAUACAGCAAUAUUUAAUCGGAUUAUAACUAUUGGCGCCUUGACAAUCGGUUUUCUAUGACACUCUAAACUAACAUAAAUAUUUAAAUCACUGUCAAUGUCUGCUCUGCUGCUCAAUAUAUACAUGUAUAUAAAAUGCACUGAAUAAAAGCAACGUAUUCAUAUAAAAUAG